AUGUGGGUGCUGCGCGGGUCGGCGGGGGCCGGGGGGACGCGGGCGGCCCUGGCGCUGCUUUUGGCGACGGCGCUGGGGCCGGGUCCGGCGCGGCCGCACCCGCAGUGCCUGGACUUCAAGCCGCCGUUCCGGCCGCCUCAAGGCCUGGCCUUCUGCCGGCGAUACGCUGACUUCGGCUGCUGCGACCUGCGCCGCGACCGCGCCCUGCUCCAGCGCUUCUACCGCCUCAGCGCCCGCCUCGAUGGUCCCAGCUACGCCGCCUGCGCCGGGUACCUGCAGGACCUGCUCUGCCAGGAAUGUUCUCCAUAUGCAGCUCACUUGUACGAUGCAGAGGAUCCCUCCACCCCCGUUAGGACAAUACCAGGACUUUGCCAAGACUAUUGCCUGGAAGUGUGGCAAAAAUGCCGCUCCAUUUUCCGCUACCUCUCUGCAGACCAGGAGUUAAUUGCACUGGAGAACAACAUGGCAAAAUUCUGUCGCUACCUGUCCUUGGAGGACGCAGACUACUGCUUUCCACACCUGCUCUCUAACCAGAACCUUAACCAAAACCUGGGGCUGGUGACUGCCAAUGCAGAGGGCUGCCUCCAGCUCUGCCUCAUGGAGGUUGCAAAUGGGCUGCGCAAUCCCGUCGCAAUGGUGCAUGCUAACGAUGGCACCCACAGGUUCUUCAUUGCAGAGCAGAUUGGACUGGUGUGGACCUACCUCUCUGAUCGAUCCAGGCUCCAAAAGCCAUUUUUGAACAUCAGUGAAGCCGUACUGACCUCACCUUGGGAAGGAGACGAGAGAGGGUUUCUAGGUAUUGUCUUCCAUCCUAAAUUCAAAUUUAAUGGUAAAGUGUAUGUCUACUAUUCAGUUGAAGUUCAUUAUGAAGAGAGAAUCCGAAUCAGUGAGUUCAGAAUUUCUCCUGCUGACAUGAAUACAUUGGACCAUAGUUCUGAAAGGAUAAUCCUGGAAAUAGAAGAACCUGCUUCCAACCAUAAUGGAGGAGAACUGCUCUUUGGAGAUGAUGGGUAUCUCUAUAUAUUUACUGGAGAUGGAGGGAUGGCCGGGGAUCCUUUUGGGACCUUUGGAAAUGCCCAGAACAAAUCAGCCCUGCUUGGCAAAGUGCUGCGGAUUGAUGUGAACAACAACGACCACGGACCCCUGUAUCACAUCCCUCCAGACAACCCUUUUGUCAGUGACCCCACAGCUCGCCCCGAGGUCUACGCAUAUGGAGUGAGGAACAUGUGGCGCUGCUCCUUCGACAGGGGAGACCCUCAAACCAAGGAGGGGAAGGGACGUCUCUUCUGUGGAGAUGUGGGACAGAAUAAAUAUGAAGAAGUCGACAUCGUCGAGAAGGGGAAAAAUUAUGGCUGGCGAGCAAGGGAAGGAUUCAGCUGUUAUGAUAAAAAGCUUUGUGCCAAUUCCUCACUGGAUGAUGUGCUUCCAAUUUAUGCAUACCCACACAAAAUGGGGAAAUCUGUUACAGGAGGCUAUGUCUAUCGGGGCUGUGAGUCUCCCAACUUGAAUGGCCUGUACAUAUUUGGUGAUUUUAUGAGUGGACGCCUGAUGUCUCUGAAGGAGGAUCGAGCUACUGGAGAAUGGCAGUACAGUGAAAUCUGCAUGGGGGUGGGACAGACAUGCAUGUUCCCUGGGCUUAUCAAUAACUAUUACCAAUACAUCAUCUCCUUUGCUGAAGAUGAAGCAGGGGAACUUUACUUCAUGUCUACUGGUGUACCAAGUGCUACAGCUCCCAAUGGAGUGGUGUACAAAGUUGUGGACACCUCUAGAAGAGCACCACCAGGGAAGUGCCAAGUUGAGGCAUUGCCAGUGAAAGUAAAAAGCAAGAUCAUCCGGUUUGUGCCAAAGGAGACAUUUGUUAUGAAAACACCAACGCCACGUCCUCGCUUGAGGGCCACGACUGAGGCUCCACGGGAAGGCAGACGAGACCCCUAUCACCCCCGCAUGCCGGCUGUGGACAGGGUGGGCCAAGCCCCACCACCACCAGGGAACUGGAGCAAGACGCCCACCACCCCACCAUCGAGUGGCAGGACCCCCAAGCCCAGGAAGGGGGGAAAAAGAGGGGGGAAACGCAGGAAAAAGAAACCCCCUGGCACAGCCCCAGCACUGCAGAAUGGCUCCGUGAGGCUGAUGGAGCAGCGGGGCCGUGGCCGGAACCGGGGCCGGGUGGAGCUUUACAUCAACGGGGAGUGGGGCACAGUGUGUGAUGAUGGCUGGAGCUCAGCCGCUGCCGCCGUGGUGUGCCGCCAGCUGGGCUUCCCCUAUGUGGUGCGGGCCAGCAAGAAGGCAGAGUUUGGGGAAGGGACCUCCCUUCGCAUUCUUCUGGAUGAUGUCCAGUGCUCUGGGCAGGAGAAGACACUGCUGGAGUGUGCCCAUGCUGACAUUGGCACACACAACUGCUCCCAUGAGGAGGAUGCCGGAGUGGUGUGCAGCCGGCAGGAGGUGACAGACUGGUGACGGAGGAGUGGGUGAGACUCAGAGAACCUCAGUGAAACCCUUCUUGCUCAAGCCCCUCAACCAGUGUUUAGAGGACUGUGCUUUGCCAUCAGGAUGCUGCACCUGUUUGAAGGAGUCUUGCUGUUUCCUUCAUGUUCAUGCCCAUCCAUCUGCACUGGAGGCAAAGAAAAAGUAAUACGAAGCAGUGACUUGAGUAUGUCAUGGGCAGGGACUACAUUUGUAUGGGGUUUUUUAUCAGAAGAGAACC